GACGGCGGGUAAACAUGGCGGCGCCGUGUGCCCGCACGGUGGAGUGCAGUCUCCAAGUCCUUUUCUGACUGUGUAAAUAGUGUGUGGAAUCGACAUGAGAGCGAAUCUUAGCAUGUGGACGAACGGAAAGUCGACAGGAGUUUUUCUAAAAACCUUGACCCUUUUACAACACCGUAGCAUGUGGACGGAGUGGCGAGCGAGAGCCGGUGUCCGCAAGUUCAUGUCCUCAUCAUGCAGGUUCAUGUCCUCAUCAUGCAGGUUCAUGUCCUCAUCAUGCAGGUUCAUGUCCUCAUCAUGCAGGUUCAUGUCCUCAUCAUGCAGGUUCAUGUCCUCAUCAUGGGGACCAUCAUCAUGUCCCCCGUGGAGACUCCUGUUCUUUGGCACUGACCAGUUUGCCGUGGAAUCUCUUAAAGUCCUCUCAUCCAGCAGGAAUUCAGGGGAAGGGCUAGUGGAGACCCUGGAGGUGGUUACCUUUUCCCCUGACGUGCCUGUGAGCAGGUUUGCUCAACAGAACUGCCUUACGUUGCAUCACUGGCCGCCUGACCACGUAGAGGGAGAGUUCGACGUUGGCGUGGUUGUGUCUUUUGGAUGUUUACUACCUGAGAGACUUAUCAACAAGUUCCCAUAUGGUAUUUUGAACGUCCACCCGAGCCUGCUGCCGCGGUGGCGAGGGCCCGCUCCCAUCUUCCACACCAUCCUGAACGGUGACGAGGUGACGGGAGUCACCGUCAUCCAGAUCCUCCCGUCCAGGUUUGAUACGGGCCCCAUCCUGAACCAGGAGCGCCAUCACAUCCCCCAAUGUUGUACUGCCGAUGAGCUCGGAGCUGCUCUCGCUACUAAAGGAGCACAUUUGGUGAUUAAUAAUCUAAUUGACACAUUGAGGACCCUCCCUGAGAAAAUCGCCAGCAAGAGGGAACAAGGACAGAUGGGUGCAACGUUUGCCCCUAAAAUUAACCCGCCCAUGAGCUGGCUGGUGUGGGAGGAGCAGACCUGUGAGGACGUCGCGCGGCUGUAUCGGGCCAUCGGAACCCGGAUACCUCUGAAGACUCUUUGGAUGGGCAGAACAAUAAAACUUCUCGAUUUUGUUGGAAAAUGUUGUGUAUCAGAUCAAAGGAAAACACCCAUUCCUGGCUCUGUGUGCUUUGUCAAGGAGUCUGGUACUCUGGCCAUCUGCUGUAAGGAUGGUUGGGUAGGGUUCAGGACAGUCCUCUUGAAAAGAAGACUGACAGCAGCUGAUUUCUAUAAUGGCUACCUUCAUCACACAUUUAAGAAGAACACGCCCGACGGAGCAGCUGAAGGAUAUUUUGUCAGUACAACUGGAGGGACUAAGAAUCUUCAGAAGAGAGAGAACACAACAUUGUGAUAUUAAUAAGUAAUAUUCUUACUUAAUGUGCUAACGGCUUAAUCAUGAAUUUGUUCCAUUAUUUGUUUUAAGAUUUCUACAUCAAAUUUAUUGUAUUAUUGUAUUUAUACUCCACACCUGUGAAUAAAUAUUAGGUGGCUGACCAAAAUCUUUUUCUUUGUUUUUUUUAAAUCAUCUUUUAGAUGACGGUCAAGCCCUCUGGUAAAAACUUAAAAGCUUCCCAAUUUAGCGUCGACCAUGUGUUUAGAUUGAACAAAUGAAGUUAUG